CCCUGUACUUCUGGCACGGGCCGGCCAAAACUUCGAAGUGACUCUCGAUGUCGGUCAAGGCGAACGUGCGAAAUCCGCCGAGAUCAUCGAAGAAAAGGAUGACCAACGCAGCGAACAGCAGCAAGCUGACCCACCGCAGGUCGGUGUUCCUAUCUACGUGGAGGAUGCCACCGAGGGCGACGAUCGUCUCUUUCAUGAGUGGAAGCUGAACAAAGAG